AGUUUUAGGAUUACCCAUCGUAUGACUUCGAACAAAAUAUGUUUUAAUUAGAAAAUUUAACAGUGUUGCGCAAUAACUGCAAAUGUCCGCAUUCGUUUUAGACAAUAGGGAGGAGAAGCUUAGAUUGAUUCGAAAAGAAUUUGAAAAAUCAUUAUUAAACGCAUCAACUAAAGAAGAAUACGAUGAAAUUGAUAUUGAACAAUUUCGUACGAACGAUGAUCUUGUAGAAGCGUUUCUCCUUAGUAGAAAAGGAAGUGUAGAAGCUACAGCAAAACUAAUCAAAGUUGUAUUCAAAUGGAGGAAAAGCAUUCAAUUGCAUAAAUUGAACGAUGAUAGUUUUCCAAUUGAAGCUCAUGAAUUGGGUGGUCUCUUCUAUCAUAGUCAAGACAAAAAUGGCAAUAAAAUACGUAAAGAAUCUUAAUAUAACUGAACUAGUUUGCAUAUUAAAAUUGUAUAUAUUAAAGUUAAUUUUAGAGUUUGUCAAAUGAAGAAAGAUCCAAAAAAAACAGAAUUAGUAAAAAAAUUCGUUGCAUAUUGGAUAAUGAAACAUUACAAACUUUAUCCAACACGUAAGGUUGUUUGUUUAAUGGAUAUGACUAACACUGGAAUUUCGAAUAUGGUUGAUUUGGAUUUGAUAAAAUUUAUUGUCACUUGCUUUAUUCAAUACUUUCCAGCUUAUUUAGCUUAUUUAUUGAUAUUUGAUAUGCCUUGGCUGUUUAAUGCAAUUUGGCAGGUUAUUCGUAAAAUUCUAUCCGAAGAAGAAAGGAAAUUUGUAAUUUUUGUCACAAAAUCAAAUAUAAAAAAUUAUAUUGAUGAAGAUCACUUAUUUUCUCAUAUGGGAGGAAAUGAUACUUUUGAAUAUAAAUACGAAAGACCUCUUCAAACUCCUAAAAGAGAGAUGUCAUUUUCUAGUGUUAAAGAUAGCAGUACUCAAGAGAGCAGUAGUUUCAAGAAAUUUUUGACCUCUAAAGAAAGUCUUAAUAGUCCGUUAAUUGAAAAUGGAGGGGUCCUCAAACCAAAAAGACUCUUUUCUGGUGAUAUAGCUACAAUUACUCCCUCAACUGACCUUGUAUUUGAACAGACCUCAAAGUCUUAUACAAGGCAAAGUAUAGAAAUCAUAGCUCAUUCAAAACCGAUCGCGUUUAAGGUCAAAACAACCAAUCCAUCGGCCUUUAAAGUUAAACCCAGUAGUGGGAUCACAAGUUCACAAUUUCAAAUUGAAAUAUUCGCCUGUGACGGAAUAACUAAAAAUAUUAUUGAAACAAGUCGAUUUUUAGUUAUGAUUCAGUCAAUUGAUGAAGACAUUACAAGUGUUAACCAAGUAACUCAUUGGAGAGACAAUGACAAAUAUAAGUAG